AUGACUAACAACAACGAGGAAGGGUUCUUCAGCUUUGGAUCAGAGAAGCAGAACACGAAGAUACGCUUUGAAGAUGCUGAUGAAGACGAAGUUGCAGAAGGGUCCGGUGUUGCCCGCGAGGAAGCUGCCCAAGAUGAAUCCAUGUGCGACGCCAACGAGACCGCCGACGCCGCUGAAGUCACUGAUGACACCACCAGCGCCGAUUACUACUUCGAUUCUUACUCUCACUUCGGUAAUUCCCUUCGAUUUUUUCACUUAAUGUUGAUGUUUUCUCGAAGCUCCAAAAUUUUCUUGUAUCAGACUGUAGAGGAACUUUGUGCUCUUUGGUUGUGA